AUGAGCUGUGUGGGAGGCGACCUUAUCAAGGUCAAUGUUGGCGGCAAGGUGUUUGUGACGUCGGGAAGCCGACUGGCGAGCGUCUCGCCGUUCUUUGCGUCUCUGCUGUCCGGCCGGUUGCCGGCGGCGACUGACGACGACGGGGCGUACGUGGUGGACCGGUCACCAGCUCCGUUUGGUGUGCUGCUGGACGUGCUACGGAAGGGGCGGGCGACGCUCCCACAAGAUCUAGUGGUACAGGAUGUGCUCGACGAGGCCUGCUUCUACAGCAUGGACAUGCCGCUCGACGAUGGGGUGCUGAUGGCGGCGAGCGGCGCAGGGUGGAGUGAAGGCCAGCGGGUGAGUGUUCCGGUGGCCAAUCCGGCUGAUCUUGGCGGCAAGAUACAGUCGGAUGGCUUUUACGUGCUCAUGCCGGACGAAGGCGAGCCUUUUGCCUACUUUAUGCAGACAUGCCCGUACGGGCGGACCAAUGUGAUCGCGCCCAAGACGAGAGAUGACGAUCUCACCACGCUCAUCGGGAGCCCGCGGACGCUCGUCCUCGCACCGACCAUCCGAUUCACUCACCACUCGGCAGGCUCUAUGUUUCUUGUCGAUGAGCACGAGCUGACAGUGCAGGACUUUGGGGUCGAGACCAACUGGGUGACGCGUGAUUUUACCAUGCGGUUCUUUCCGUCGAUACCGCCGCUCGCUGGCCACGUCUAUCACGUCCAGCGGAUGGCGCUGCAGCACACACAAGGCUCCAACAUUGUCAUGCUCCAGUUCACGCCCGACGGCGACGGCGACGAGCAAGCACCUCUGGCUGCAGGGGGCGGCGAUGGGCCUAGCGAGAGCGCUGCCACACCCGGCCCGGCCUGGGCCCGUGGCUCGGUGACCUUUACCGAGUGCAAGCACACCAUCCGGGCUAUGCGGUUCACAACUGCGCGAUACGUGCUGCGGCGGGUUCAGACGCAUGUCACCCAUGAUCUCCGCGGCCGGCUGUACAACACGGUGGCGAUCGACGAGAAUGGUGACGUUGCAGCGCCUCUGUACGUGCCCAACGGCGACGAGCAGACGCUUCUUGAGCAGGACGAGAGCAAACAUGCACCUGUCGGGCACGCCGAGGGCGACGGCCUUCUCUGGCACGUGGUUAUCGACCAUGACCGGUUCCGUAACUCGCGGCUCCUCUCCCUUGGCGAGAUGCUUGUGGAGGAGAUACUGGGCUCACAGGCUGUGUACAUGGCCGCCGAUUUGCGUGCCGAGUUUGCAGCGUAG